GUUGAACUGUCCAAUUGUGUAAUGAGAAAUAAAGACUUUUGGUUUCAAAGAGUGUGAAAUUGCAGAAAAUUGUUAGAUGAAGAAAUGACAACACCAAAACCGCCAUUAGUUUGGCUUCUCCUUCACCUGCUAGCCCUUGCUUUAUCUCUCUUCCCCCAUGCUUCCAUGGCUAGAGGCACCGACAACCAUUGCGUCUCCACUUUGUGUGGAAACCUCAGCAUCAGUUACCCUUUUCGGUUAAAAACCCAGCCUCAAAACUGCGGUGUCAAGAGCUGUGAGCUUGUGUGCGAGAAUAACCGCGCAAUUUUCCCAGCGGAGCACGGGAAUUUCUAUGUGCAACGCAUCUCUUAUGCUAACCAAACUUUUCAACUCGUAGAUCUGAAUCUGGAAAAUGAUAACUGCUCACUUCCUCUCGGUUCCCUCCCUUUUAAUACCACUUCGAGCGGGGAAUUCAGUCGAUUACCAGGAACUUCUAAUACUUAUACAUAUUCUGGUACUGGGAUUGUUUUCGACACACAUAUUUAUCAAGAGAUUUAUGUGGUGAAGUGCAGCACGAGGAUGAACAAGUCUUGGUCUGGGGUGAAUUACAUCGAUGCUUCUCGCUGCUCUUCCUCACCACCUGCAGCUGAUUACUUUUAUUACUUUCUGGAUGGAAGAACUACAACCUCUGGUUUCCAUCACUCUUGCACGGUCGAAGCCCGGGUUCCGAUUAGUCUUCGUACCAUCAAUGGCCUCUCCAGUUUUGAUAUUUACAAAACGCUGAUGAAGGGCGUCCAACUCAAAUGGAUCCCUGGUUUUCUAAAUGAUGGCCGGCUGUAUUGGAACUCAGUUUUGAACGGAUUGAAAUCGUCGUUGUGGGUGUUAGUGGGCGUGUUCCUGUUAUAUAUUCAAAGUAUCGCAGCCUUUAUUCUCCAAGACACUUCCAUGGAGAGUGUUUUAGGUUCUCCACCAAGUAAAGGAAUACAGUCUUUUUUUGUUGCAAUAACAGGGAUCAUAUUAAUAAGGACAUGUUUGGGGAUAUGCUGCUUAAUUACCCUUGUUAUUCGCAAAAUAAAAGCAAGGCAUUUGGCAAUGGAUGAGGGGAUCGAGAACUUUCUUCGAAGUCACAAUAACUUUAUGCCGAUAAGGUACUCUUAUGCUGAAAUAAAGAGAAUAACACAAGGUUUCAAGAAUAAAUUAGGCCAGGGAGGCUUCGGCACUUUGUUUAAAGGGAAACUUCGAAGUGGUAAACCUGUCGCAAUAAAAUUGCUGAAUGAAUCCAAGGGUAAUGGCCAAGAUUUUAUAAACGAAGUUGCCACUGUCGGAAGGAUUCAUCAUGUGAACGUGGUGCAACUUAUUGGUUUUUGCGUGGAAGGUAAAAAACAAGCUCUCGUCUAUGAUUUCAUGAUGAACGGAUCUCUAGACAAACUUAUAUUUUCGACCGAAUCUAGUAGUUUAAGCUGGGAAAAGAUGUUCGAGGUUGCGGUCGGAAUCGGUCGAGGUAUCGAAUAUUUACAUAAUGGUUGCGAGAUGCAGAUUUUACACUUCGACAUCAAGCCGCACAAUAUUCUUUUGGACGACAACUUUACUCCAAAAGUUUCAGAUUUCGGGCUCGCGAAAUCGUAUUCAGUCGAUGAUAGUAUUGUCUCUCUCACGGCAGCACGAGGGACAAUAGGAUAUAUGGCUCCUGAAUUGUUUUAUAAAAGUAUUGGAGGGAUUUCCUAUAAAGCUGAUGUUUAUAGCUUCGGGAUGAUGCUGAUUGAAAUUGUGGGCAGAAGGAAAAAUCUAAAUGCUUAUGCUGACCAUCGAAGUCAAAUUUAUUUUCCGUCGUGGAUUUAUGAUCGACUUGAUCUAGGGGAGAAUAUAGAGCUUGGAGACAUGACGGAGAAUGAAAACAGAAUUGCAAGGAAAAUGAUAAUUGUUGCCAUUUGGUGUAUUCAGACAAGGCCAAUACAUCGUCCUUCGAUGAGUAGAGUGUUGAAGAUGCUUGAAAGUGAAGUUGAAGUCCUUGAAAUACCUCCCAAAUCUUUUGUAUUUUCUACGGACAUGUCGGAUAACGAUAGCGAUUAAGAAUUCAACUGAGGAAUAUCAUGUAAUGUUUCCAAGGAGGACAAGUCAUUGGAAUAAGUUGUAUAAUUUUCCGAGCAA